AUGUGGCUCUACCUGGUGGCUCUAGUGGGCCUGUGGACCCUCCUGCGCUGGUACCGUGAGAGGCAGGUGGUGAGCCAUCUCCAAGACAAGUAUGUCUUCAUCACGGGCUGUGACUCGGGCUUUGGGAACCUGCUGGCCAGACAGCUGGACAGGAGAGGCAUGAGGGUGCUGGCUGCAUGUCUGACGGAGAAGGGAGCCGAGGAGCUGAGGAGCAAGACAUCAGACAGGCUAGAGACAGUGAUCCUUGAUGUCACCAAGACAGAGAGUAUUGUGGCAGCCACUCAGUGGACGAAGGAACGAGUUGGGAACAGAGGUACAAAGAAUUCUGGGUAUGAGGCUCCAAUGUCAAUACAGUGGAUAAAACCGUUAUUCCCUUUGCUAGCAGAUAUCUGUUUACUGGGCCUGAUCGAGGUGACUCUGAACAUGCUGCCCUCAGUGAGGAAGGCAAGGGGCCGUGUGGUCAAUGUCUCCAGUGUCAUGGGUCGAGUGUCUUUAUUUGGUGGUGGUUACUGCAUCUCCAAGUAUGGUGUAGAGGCCUUCUCAGACUCCCUCAGGAGGGAGCUCUCCUAUUUUGGGGUGAAGGUGGCUAUUAUAGAGCCUGGAGGCUUCAAGACUGCUAUGACCAGGAGUGACACGCUACCAUCAAGUAUCAAGAUGCUGUGGGACCAGGCCAGCUCAGAGGUCAGAGAGAUCUAUGGAGAGAAGUCCCUGGCAUCUUAUCUGACACAUUUAAAGUCACUGGACCAAAAGUGCAAUGAGGACCUCACCUUGGUGACAGACUGCAUGGAGCAUGCCCUGACUUCCUGUCACCCUCGCACUCGAUACUCAGCUGGCUGGGAUGCCAAGCUCUUCUACCUCCCCCUGAGCUACCUGCCCACCUUCCUAACAGAUGCCAUCUUCUACUGGAUGUCCAUGAAGCCUGCCAAAGCUCUGUGAAGCCUCCACAUGUUUCUGUAGUGAAUGUCAGGUCACGGAUCCUCAGGAGAAGGAAGGUUCCUGGGCUCAGUACAACCUUGCCAUUGAGAGGGACAUCCAUAGGUGCCUGAUUUUCUCCCCUCGGAGUCAACAUGGGGGACAUCGAGUGACAGGAGGA